CUGGAACAUCUCUGUUAUAACUCCUUAUGUAAUAUAAGUAUAUAAGUAUAUAUGAUGGUGUAAGACUACAGACAGGAUUUGUUUGGCCAUUAUUGUGUGUAAGGCCCCGGGGCACACAGAUCUACUAUAGCUAUUUUAUCCUAUUAACACUUGUAAGACAGUGAGCCAGCUGAUGUGUGGCCGAUUUACGUCACAGAGCUUGUCUGAGGAGUUGUUUUGUGUGUGAGGAGAUUUAUUUACUAACAUGGUUCUGUAUAACACAGGUAGUCUGAAUGGCCCUGUUACACGACUGGUAUAAUAUUGUGAAGCUUUACACAACCUGACCAAUACGCUAAAAACCUAUAGCAGUACUUUCUGAUUUUAAGUGAUUUUAAUGGUAGCUGGGAGCUCUAGACCUCUGGACAGACUGCCCGAUAGGUUAAUCAUGUCUUCAUUGUUGAGUAGAGUGCCCUGAAGGCCAUCUGUCCUGUAUAACGUGUACAACUGGAUUUAUAUUUAUAUGUAAUCAAAAGUGAAGAUGUCACUGUUGAGCCAGGGGAAGUACACCAAACUCGCGGUGAUACUGGAGAAUAAAGAGGCGACCAUUAAAUACAGUCCGACAGAGACGUCCCCACCGAUCCUGGCCGAGAACAUCGAAAAUAUGGGCUUCCCUUCAAAGGUCAAGUCUGUACAGCCAGCCAGCACUGACCAAAACACCAGGGAGACUGAAGCAGCCCUUAUUAACAUUAAAGGAAUGACCUGCAUGUCCUGUGUUAAGAACAUUGAAGGUCGUGUGAAGGACAUUGAUGGGGUAGACUCAAUAUCAGUCUAUUUAGAUAAGAGUCAGGGUAAGGUGUGUUUUGACCCCUCGGUGAUAUCGGGAGACAGGAUAGCAGCCAUCAUUGAUGAUAUGGGCUUUGAGGCAUGCUUGGAUACAGCAGGCGACUUGGUUGCUAGGAUACAAGUAGAGGGCAUGACCUGCCAGUCAUGUGUCAAGAACAUCGAAACAAACAUCUCCAAGCAGGCUGGGGUCAAGGACAUCAAAGUUUCUCUGGCUGACAAAGAAGCGUUCAUUAUCUACGAUCCUAAGAUGACCAACCCGCUCACUCUGGCCAGCCAUAUAGACAACAUGGGGUUUGAGGCAUCGCUUCCCAGGAGGAAGGAAUCUUCAUUGGAGGCCGAGUUUGAUAUGCUUGCUAACCGAGGCAAAUCAGGAGGGACGAGCAAUUGUACUAUCGUAAUCAAAGGCAUGACGUGUAACUCGUGCGUGAAAAACAUUGAAGGUAACAUUGCAGUUAAACCUGGAAUAGUGAGCAUAAAGGUGUUGUUGGAUAAAGAGAUCGGCCUUGUCGAGUUUGACCCGGGGAUGACCAGCGCUGACAAGGUAGCUGACAUGAUUGAUGAUAUGGGCUUCGAUGCAAAGGUGCUGAAAGUGGAAGAUGACGACGGUGGUGUUGGAGCUGACAUCGCCACCACCAUCAUCAACAUUCGUGGGAUGACUUGUAACUCCUGUGUAAAGACAAUUGAGGAAACAUUGAGUAAGAAUUCCGCGGUAAAGACGAUAAAGGUGUCGCUAGCUGACCAGACAGGAAAGGUCGAGUACUACCCCAACAGAGCCACGCCACAGACCUUGUGUGAUGUUAUUGAGGACAUGGGAUUUGAUGCCUUUCUCCCAGGGAGUCCCCGAGACCCCAACAAGGUCCCUGAGGUGACAGUUACCAAAUCCUUGAGUGCUGUAUCAGAAAUCCCCCAGGAUACACAGGAAUCGGUGAGAGUAGGGAAGAGUACUGUCUACUACAAACGUGGCGGAAAGACGGACGAAGACACCGAGAAUGAGAAAUGUUUUCUACGUGUGACAGGAAUGACAUGUGCUUCCUGUGUCAACACAAUAGAGAAAAACCUGGGGAAAAUGGAAGGUAUUAAAGCAGUGUUGGUAGCCCUGAUGGCCCAGAAGGCGGAGGUGAAGUAUGAUCCCGCCUACAUCCUCCCGUCACAAAUCGCCAACGCUAUCACCAACUUUGGCUUUAAUGCCACGGUGCUGGAGAAUGAGACAGCAGGACAGGGGAUUGUGGAGCUGCUGAUUAAUGGUAUGACAUGUUCCUCGUGUGUACACCUGAUUGAGUCGUCACUGAUGAGGAAACCAGGAAUAAUAGCAGCUUCCGUAGCUUUGGCCACAUGUAAAGGAAGAUUUGAAUAUGACCCUGAAGUCACUGGAGCGAGACAGGUCAUCGAUAUUAUCAGGGAGCUGGGAUUUGAGGCUGACUUGUACACAGAUGACGAUAAGAGUGCAUCAAGAUAUGAUCAUCGACACGAAAUCAAGAAAUGGCGGACAUCUUUUUUCUGGUCGCUGAUAUUCGGAGUUCCGUCAAUGGUGAUAAUGAUGUACUUCAUGUUUUCCAUGCCACCUGAGGAAGAGCACAGUGAUUUCAACAUGUCCGAUAAUAUGACAACGACACCCCUUCCUCAACACUCGAUGAUGGGUAAUCACAUCAUGUUGACGGCCGGACUCUCACUCGACAACCUCCUUAUGUUUAUUCUGGCCACGCCUGUCCAGUUCUUUGGAGGCAGGAUCUUUUACAUACAGGCAUUCAAGGCACUUAAGCAUAGAGCGGCUAACAUGGAUGUAUUGGUUGUCCUGGCAACCACUAUAUCCUAUGUUUACUCCAUCUCUGUAGUCGUGGCUGCGAUGAUUUUACAAGAGGAAGUGUCACCGGUGACGUUUUUUGAGACUACUCCUAUGUUGAUGGUCUUUAUCUCCCUCGGAAGAUGGCUGGAGCAUGUCGCAAAGGGUAAGACAUCGGAAGCCUUGGCCAAACUGAUGUCGCUCCAGGCUGUGGAGGCUUGUUUAGCCGAGUUAGACAAGGAAGGCAACAUCAUCAACGAAAAGACAAUAAGUGUGGACCUGGUACAGAGAGGAGACAUCCUCAAGGUUUUACCCGGAGGGAAGAUUCCAGUGGAUGGUAAGGUGUUGGAGGGAAGUUCCACUUGUGACGAGUCCCUAAUCACGGGAGAGUCCAUGCCUGUUAUCAAAGCAGCAGGAUCGUCGGUGAUUGGUGGGGCUAUCAACCAGAAUGGAAUGUUGCUGAUUACAGCGACACACGUUGGAUCCGACACAACACUGUCUCAAAUUGUCCGACUCGUGGAGGAAGCACAGACAUCAAAGGCCCCCAUACAACAGUUGGCGGACACCAUCGCUGGUUACUUUGUCCCGGUCGUGUGUUCUCUGUCUACGCUCACCCUUAUCAGCUGGGUCAUCGUCGGCUACACCAACGUCUACCUGGUGGAACCCUUCUUCGUGGAAAAUGGCCCUGUUUCGGUCAACGAGGCAGUGUUCCAGAAGGCGUUCCAGUACGCCAUCACAGUGCUGAGUAUCGCAUGUCCCUGUGCACUUGGUCUGGCCACACCCACAGCGGUGAUGGUGGGUACAGGAGUCGGAGCUACCAACGGCAUCCUUAUCAAAGGAGGGGAACCCUUGGAAAUGGCCCACAAGAUCAAAUGUGUGGUCUUUGACAAGACUGGCACAGUCACACAUGGAGUAGCCCGAGUGGCGCGGAUUGCUACGUUUGUUGAAGAAGAAACUUGUUCCUUCCUCAAACUUCUUGUGAUCAUAGGUACAGCGGAGGCCAGCAGUGAGCAUCCUAUUGCUUCUGCCAUCGUCAAGUAUGCCAAAGAGACGAUGUCUGUCGAGUCUCUGGGGAAGACCGUGGAUUUCCAGGCCGUCCCUGGCUGUGGCCUCAAGUGUCUUGUCAGCCACGUUGAGAGUCUACUGACACAUGUCGACCUCGUCGCUGUGAACAACAAGAAAAACCAGACAGGAAGUUUGAGAGUGAAGACAGACAAUGUAAUGUUCCGAGGGGACGACAACAAGUCACUUCACAUAGAAGACGUAGAGGUGGAGUCCCUCGGGGCUGUGGCGUCCAGACAGUAUCGGGUUCUGAUUGGUAACAGAGAGUGGAUGCAUAGAAACGGACUACAAGUUACGCCAGCAAUGGAUCAGACCAUGUCCGAACACGAGGAACAAGGUCACACAGCUGUUCUGUGUGCGAUUGAUGGUAUUGUGGUUGCUAUGGUAGCUGUUGCCGAUACAGUAAAAUCUGAGGCGCACCUCGCAGUCAACACUCUGAAACAGAUGGGACUACAGGUAUUCCUACUGACCGGUGACAACCAGAAAACAGCGAAAGCCAUUGCGAAACAGGUUGGAAUACAUAAGGUGUUCGCCGAGGUUCUGCCGUCUCACAAGGUGAAGAAGAUCAAACAGCUACAGAGUCAGGGUUAUAAGGUGGCCAUGGUUGGUGACGGGGUCAAUGACUCACCCGCCCUGGCUCAGGCAGAUGUUGGCAUCGCGAUAGGUACAGGCACGGAUGUGGCAGUGGAGGCCGCCGACAUCGUUCUUAUUCAGAAUGACCUAAUGGACGUGACUGCUGCCAUUAAACUGUCCAAGAUGACAGUGCGUAGAAUUCGAAUCAACUUUGUGGCGGCCUCCAUCUACAACCUCAUAGGAAUCCCUAUUGCUGCAGGUAUCUUCAUGCCAGUGGGCGUGUCCCUGAAGCCAUGGAUGGCGUCGGCAGCUAUGGCCAUGUCCUCCGUCUCUGUCGUGAUGUCAUCGCUCUUCAUCAAAACAUUCAAAAAAACCAGUCGACAGAAGUACUUGACAUCCAACUACAUGAAGCAGUUUGAGAAUGACCAGGAAUUGGACAAUAUUUCCAUCCAUCGAGGGAUCGAGGAGGAGCGCUACAGUCGAGAGGGUAGUAAACAGGGCAGCAUUCUGUCACGACUCAGCGGAAAGAAAAAGCCGGUCACCACUGACCACCUAAGUCUCCUGGACACCGCAUCACUGUCGGAUUCUGACGGAGAAGUGGAAUUCAUCUCCUAGAUUGAGACUCUGGGGGUGAAAAAUGUGAUAUUGAGACUGUGGGCUGGGGAAUAUGGUGUUGAGACUGGAGGUUGAGGAUGCAGUAUUGUGUUAAUCUAGAAAGAUACAUCGAUUAUGAUCUACACGUUUAUGUAAUUAAUGUAAUCAGACUCACAUCAUCCUGUCAUGUGACCAUCACCUUCAUCAUAUGACGUCACAUGUCUCACAUUUAGCACAGAUUGUAAGUUACUAUAGCUAGUAUCACCCAUGUCAUAAGUAACAAUAUGUUACAAAUCUCUGGUAAAAGUAUUCGGUGGUAUUUUAGUUGUAUCUAUAUUUAUACUCCAGUCUAUUACUAACUAAUGUCACUCAGACAACGACCAAUUAUAAAUCCUCUCUGAUGUUGACCAUCAUUGUUUGUUUUAUAGAAAUAAGAUAUUAAAGAGGAUUUCUAAUCGAGAUUAGGGACCAACUGUGUCAUACAGAAUGUGUCUAAUUAGUUCAGGUAAGUAAUUACCUGUGUAAUUAGUUCAGGUAAGUUACCUGUGUAAUUAGUUCGGGUUAGUUACCUGUGUAAUUAGUUCGGGUUAGUUACCUGUGUAAUUAGUUCGG